UAUAGAUAUCAGCAGCUAUUAAAUCUAGCGAAGAGCUAUUGCCCUUAUCAGGAACGCACCAUUUUAAUCAGUAAGGGGGAAAUUUAAAUAAAAUAUUUUUGUCAGGUUAAAUUGCGUGUGUGUUUUUUGCUUUGUUUUGAUAUCGAGAUAUAAAUUCGCAUUGAUACGUGAUUUUGGGAAGAAAUAGAAAUAUUUUAUUUGACAUUACGUAAUUUUGUUCAUCAUAUUUCCUGUGUUAAUGAAAUAACUUCCGUAAUUCAAACCCCUAGGUAUUUUUUUGGAACACGCAAAUACUGUACGUUGAACCCGUGAUACUUUGAAGGACCUCAAAUAAGUCAUAAAAUUGACAAAAUCUUGCAUUGUGCAAUACGAGAUAAUAAAUGGCUAACUCACAAAAAAGGGUGUGGUACCGGAAUAUGCAGUUGAUUUAAUUAGUUAUACUUUAUAGCGAUAAGACAUCACACAUUGUUUACACAAGCGGAUUUAUGCAUGAUAUUAAAGGUAAACAAUAGAUCGGACGGAAAUUAAUUAAGGAAAACGUAUGAACACCGAAAGAAUUUACUGAAACCUACCAUAACUCGGGUAUAAUUUGUCAAUUAAACGUUAUAACUGUGCCGCUACUAUAAAAACAGAUACUUUUAUUUUUGAGCUUGUGCUUAUAAAACUAAUCACAUUAAUAGUUUGCAAGGAACUCCGGUAAAAUGAAAGGAAGAAAUAUUGUUUCCCUAGUGUAUAUGGUGUUGAUAUAUUUAGUCAUUAGUGUAAGUGUCACGCAUGGAACUACAACUCAUUCUUCGACUGCUUCAAGUGGGACAUCAAAAGCCAACAAUGAAUCAUCUGCAACCGAUGCGACAGAACCAAAAUCAACAACAGAAGCAUCAGCAUCUUCGUCAAUAAUAGCGUCAUCAUCAACAACACCAACAGUAACAACAACGCUUACUAAUAAAAAUAAUUCUUCUACAACUACUAAUACUACAACUCCAAACCAAACAACAACAACAAUAACUAAACCUCCUACUUCAACUUCGGCGCUAACAACUACAUCGUCAACACCAGCUACAACAAAUGCACCUCCGACUACAGAAGCAAGUACUGCUGUGUCAGACAAUACUACAUCAAAUUCGACAUCAUCACCUCCACCAACAGUGUCAGGAACAAGUUUGAAAACAAUCACAACAACAACUACAACAAUUAACCAAAGUACAUCCACAGAAGAUAGUACAAGCACAGCUUCAACAAAUCAAACCGCACCAACAACAACGAUGCCUCCAGCAACUAGUAGCACUACAACUUCUGAGAAAAGUACAACAAACACAACACCAGGUAAUCCGCUUACAUCCUCAAUACCCGUUACCAUGAAUUUAUCCACAUCUGCUUCAACAACAAAUGGCACAUCUGACUUAAAUGCUACCACAUCUUUGCCCUCGUCUACCACCAGCACAGCUCCCAGUUCCACCACAAUAACACCAGAAAGCACACCAACUGCGGGAGGAGCGAGCACACAGCCAACCCAGCAAACAACACCAGACCCUUGUGAAUCCUUCCCAUGUGGCAAUGGAACAUGCAGUGUUUCAAACGGAAGUGCAGCUUGUCUUUGCAAACCUGGAUACACCGGACUUAACUGUGAUACUAAUAUAAAUGAAUGUGAUAGCAAUCCUUGUAAGAAUGGCGCCACGUGCGUAGAUGGUAUCAACAACUACACGUGCACGUGUCCAGCAGGCUUUGAAGGCAGGAAUUGUAAUCAAAACAUAGAUGACUGCACACCCAAUCCAUGUCUAUAUGGCGGGAAUUGUACAGAUGGUGUGAACACCUAUACAUGUCAUUGUGCUGCAGGCUACGAUGGUAGAAAUUGUUCCAACAACAUAGAUGACUGCAAACCCAAUCCAUGUCAAAAUGGCGGGAAUUGUACAGAUGGUGUCAACACCUUUACAUGUCAAUGUGCUGCAGGCUACGAUGGUCGAAAUUGUUCCAAUAAUAUAAACGAAUGCCAGAGUAACCCGUGCCAGAAUGGAGGAACUUGUAAGGAUGGUGUUAAUAUGUAUACGUGCUCGUGUGCUGCAGGCUUUAAUGGUACAAACUGUGGUAAUAAUAUAGACGAAUGCCAGAGCAACCCGUGCCAGAAUGGAGGAAAUUGUACGGAUGGUGACAAUAUGUAUACGUGCACGUGUGUUACCGGCUUUAAUGGUACAAACUGUGAUCAUGAUAUCGACGAUUGUGUUGGUGUGGUCUGCAAUAACGGCGGUACUUGUGAGGACGGUAUCAAUAGCUACACAUGUAACUGUGCAGCGGAAUGGGAAGGCACGCAUUGUAAAAUAGAUGUGGAUGAAUGUAGCAGAAAAACUCACAAGUGUGAUAAGAAUGCAAACUGCACGAACACAGAGGGCAGUUACAAUUGUACAUGCAAGUCUGGAUUUACAGGCGACGGAUUUAGUUGUCAAGAUAUCAAUGAAUGUUCCAACACAACACUGUGUCAAAAUGGAGCGACAUGCUUUAAUACACCGGGAAGUUUCGUAUGUUAUUGCACAGAGUACUGGACUGGGAUUCAGUGUCAAACAGAUAUUGAUGAAUGCAAUACAUCAAAAUGUGCUGAUAACGCUUUUUGCAACAAUACUAACGACGGUUAUAAUUGUAUCUGUAACGAAGGCUAUCGAGGAGAUGGACACAAAAAAUGUUUCCGGAAAACUUUGAUACCCAUGUCGUCUAAUACAUGGCAUAGCGGAGAUGACAACGUAUUUGGUCCUGUGACACUUCCAGAGGUCAUGUACUAUUUUGGAAAACCCUACAAUACUUUCUAUGUGAGCAUGAAUGGCUAUGUAACACUCGGACAGUAUUUGGACCAAAGAUACCCUCCAGAGGAUACAUCUGCUUGGAGCAUUUAUGACUUUCCAAUCAUUGCUCCUUUGUGGUCUGACAUUGUUACAGAAGGACAGAACUCGGGAGUUAGUUUUGAUGUGGCUAGAGAUAGCACGACACUUGAACAGAUAGGACAUGCAAUGAAUACGCCUAGACCUAGCUUUAGUAUAACUGCAACAUGGAAAACGGCAGUGCCUUACCCAUUUGAUCAGAAUAAUGAACAUGAGGCAGCUGACUUCCAAGUAAUCAUUAGCAAAGUUGGAGUCGACACAAUUUUGAUGUUUAACUAUGAUCAAGAAUUCUUCACAUGGAAGAGUACAGGCGAUAAAUUAGUUUCAGUCGGGUACUCUAACAACAAACAUGACGGGACCAUUAAAUUUGAAGAGGACACUUUCACACAAACAAAUAUGCAGGGAUCAGAUGGUGUGAACGGCAGCUGGGUCUUUAAUGUUACUUCGUCAACAUCUAACUGGGGAACAGAAUCACUUUGCCUUUCUGCUGUUUCCAACGAUAGCACAGCAGCGAUAAUUGAGAGUGCACGGUCACUUGCCGAUCCUUGUCCGUGCAGUAUUGAACAAAUAAAGAGGGACAGACGAUUUAAACGUGAUGUAUCCAAUGAAUACGUAUCGAGGUUUUCACGCGGCACAGACAGUGUCAGACAGAGAUGUCACUACAGCGUUACUGGAAGCUUACUACGAGGAUAUCCUGGUGGUGGGUAUUUAGAAACAGGUCAAAUAAAGGAAGUACACAAGAAAUGCUGUAUUAAUUCAUCCAGAUGCGACUUAUUCUACCAUAUCAAUCCAUCUGAUACAUGCGCUGGUUACAAUCCACCAUCUUUGUCGUCUUCUUGGGGAGAUCCUCACAUAACAACGCUUGAUGGUGCGAGAUACACAUUCAAUGGUAGAGGAGAAUUCACAUUGCUAAAGAUCGAAGAAAAGGACGCAAUGGCAAAUGUUCAAGUCAGGACUGAACUAGCGAGUACAACUAACAAAGACGCUACUGUUUUUGUCGGCUUAGCAGCACAGGUUGGAGAAACAGAAAAUGGAGACAAGGUGGAGCUUAUAUUGAACAGGACUUCCCAGUCGUGCAGAAUUUAUGCUAAUGGUGUCUUUAAAGAAACCGCUUUGCCGACAAAGAAGUUGAAUCAUAUCAAUCUCGGUGGACUGGAGAUAUUUUCUGAUCCGAAUGACGAUGCUAAUAAAACUAUCAUAAUAACAUUUAGUGCUAGAAUAUCCAUACAGAUCCAUUUUUCUGAUAUACUUAAUAUCGUGGCUUCUGUUCCACGAGACGCACCAUUCCAUGGAAAAACAACGGGGCUGUUAGGUAACAAUAAUGAUAAUGAUACAGAUGAUUUCAGGCCUAGGAAUGAUUCGAGCAAUCCACUGAGCAAGAAUUCAAGUGAAGAAGAUCUCUACAAAUUUGGAAUAACUUGGCGAGUAAGCAAAGAGGAGUCUCUGUUCAGUUACAACAUCUCGGGAGGAAGCUAUUUAUCAUACAACGAUGAGAGUAUAAGGCCAAAUGCAUUUAUCAGCGAUGAGAUUAAUCGAAAUACAAUUGGAAGUUACAUAAACAAAACAUGUGGCUUUGGAAAUAUAAAUAUAACACAUUGUGGAGACAAUUUGGCAUGUAUGGUUGAUGCUGCAGCCACAUGUAACGAAGCCUUUGGUCUUCAUUCUAAAGCCACCGAAGAUACCGUGAAUAAAGAGAAGAAAACAUUGGAUCACAAGCCGCCAAAUAUUACCCAACCAGAUCCGCUAUACAUCAAAUACACUCAGAAUCAUAUAAUGAACUUUACAUUUGAAUUUCCUGUAGACGUUCAAACAAAUAUCUCAGUACCGGACUACACUUGUGAAAAUUGUACUUCGUUUUCAUUGAAUGUUUCUGGUGUAUUGAGAAAGUUACCAGCGUAUCUAAAUAUAACAGCAAAAGACAACAUGAAUGCCACUUCGGAAUACCGGCCGGAUAUCUAUUAUUGUGGAUGCAUGAAAGAAUCUCAAUGUGACUAUUCACUCAUAGUUCAAGAUGGGCCUGUUGGAGGCUCAGAAGGGAAGUUCUUCCGUGCAAGAUGCAACUGCUCUGAAGAUACCGAAGGUGGUUACUGUGAACAGAAGGUGGACAGAUGUGCUGGUACCUCGUGUUAUACAAACGUUACUUGCAACAGUAAUGUAUCUGCACCCAAUAAUCCAUGUGGACCAUGUCCGGCAGGUCUUGAAGGGGAUGGAUUACGGUGUUUCGACAAAAACGAAUGUUACCUUGGAAUUUCACAGUGUGGCCAGAUAUGUGAGAACACGGACGGAUCGUACAUAUGUAAAUGCAACCAGGGAUAUGAGCUUGAUGCGGAUGGUUACUCUUGCAAUGAUAUAAAUGAAUGUGAACUCCAGGAUUUUACCUGCGAGAGCAAUAUGUAUUGUGAGAAUACAAUUGGAGGUUAUGACUGCAAAUGCAAUCCAGGUUAUUUGAAAGGUACAGGAAAGGGGUGUGUAGAAGGAAAGGCAUCUUAUGGUGGAAUUUUGGUAUUUAAAACUAUCGUUCAGAAUGAAGAAAAGUUAAAGGCAGAGAUUAAAAUGUUUUUAAUGAAGACAUACAAAGAUGGCGGAAUAGACAUCGUGGAUAUAGAAAUAACACUAGAAGAAAUAAGUGAUGCAACAAGGAAAAGAAGAGAGGUAACCAGCGGACAAAAAUGGAACGCACAUUUUGUUCUUCACACACAAUAUCAGAAUUCAACAGAAAACGUUCGCGAAGUUCUAACUACCAAAUUAAAAAAAAUAACUUCAAACAACGAUGGAUAUGGUGCGAUAGAUGGGCCUUUCCCAAUACUGCUGUCUAUAGGGGAUUCAGGUGUAUAUACAGAUGAGGAAGGAGGGGUAUGCAACAUUGAAGGAAAAACAAAAUGUGAUCCUAUAUCAACAACUUGCCACUCUGAAAACGGGACAGCAGUUUGCCGUUGCAAGCGGCCAUUUUUCGACGGAUGGGUCAAUCCUCACACAAGCUGUAAAGAUGUGGACGAAUGCCUAAAAAAAGACGAAAUUUGCCAAGGUGGGAAUUGUACCAAUACGCCUGGUAGCUAUAUAUGCAGCUGCUCAGCUGGGUACAUAUACGACGGUAAAGCCGCUUGCACAGAUAUGUGUUCACCUAAUCCUUGUCAAAACGAUGGUCUUUGUAUACACGGGGAGCUGCAGGGACAGUUCUUGUGCAAAUGUGACGACAAGUGGACAGGACCAAAGUGCGAAGACAAAAAUGCAGAAGCAGAAAAGUUAAAGACUAUUGCAAUAGCUGUAGGAGCCAGUAUUGGUGGCAUCUGUCUAAUCCUUUUAUUUGCGCUGUUUGGAAUGUACAGGAGGCACAGAAACAGAUACAGUAGAUACAACAGAAGACCGCUAUCAUCUCUGGAUAACGACAGUUCCUUUGGUUUGGCAAGCUCUAAUAUCAGAACAAAAGACUUUCCAAUAGAUGACGACACCGAUACACAAUAUAGUGUACCUCGGCCUAAAGUUAACCGGAACGGAUAUGAAAUGAAAGAAAAUGACGGUGCUUCGAAUGAGGGAUUUGAUGGCAGUGAAGCUGGAAAGAUGGAAGAACCAAAGAAACCACUAACUCAGACAACUAAAGAAACAUCUGAGACUGGACAGGAAAAUCCGUCGUUUCUUCACAGCCAAGAAUUGGAAGAAGCUCGGCGGACAUCCAAGCGGCAAAGCAAGAAUGCCUAUGACUAUUUCUGAUCAAAUUAUAUAUGAUGCUAGCCUAAAUGCAACUUUGAGUGUAUGUAUGUGAAGUAAGCCUAAGUACAACUAAAUGGUUGAUUCUGUUGUUUGUGUGUUGUAUGCGUGUUUGUUCAUUUUUAAAAAUAAAUUAAAAGCAAGUGAGAGGGUAUUUGAAUGUACGAAAAAUUCGUUUCCAUAUUGACUUCGUGUUUUUGUAUUUUGAUUUCGAAGACAAUGUGCAGGGUCAUUUCGUUUUUCUAGAUCAUGUCUAAGAUAGUUUGUAUUUUAUUUAUUUUGUAUAAGGCAUCAUGGAUUUUACUCUUCAGUUCUAAUAUUUUUUCAUAGUUUUAGUCAGGGCCGGAACCUACAGUUUCAUUUUACACAUAUCACAUUUUUUCCUUUUAUCAGAAAUUAGUAAUUUUAUAAAUUUAUAUUUUUAAUAUCAUUUUUAUGUCAUAUUCAAGGUAUGAAUCUUGACUAAAAUACCAUACCAUUACGUAAGACUGAUGUAAAACUUGAUACCGUUCUAUUAUAGGACUGAUGAUUGAAAAAAAAAUGAGAAUAUAUGCAGCAGUCCUUAUCAGUAUGAGUGGGUUCUAUAGUUGAACGCUGAUAAGUCAUGUUUGUAAAAAAAAAUCAGAGAAAAAGAGUCAAAAUAUAUAGCUUUUUAAGUUUACCUUGAAUGAUCGACCAAUAUUUGUAACUAAAAUUAUACUUUUCUUUGAAGACUUCAGAUGAGUAUACCUAGUCCUCUCUUUCAUAUUAACUAGAAUACAGUGUAGGUUAUACAUUUGUUCUAAUUUCUUAACCAAAUAGAUUUAUUCAUGUUACAGAAAAUGCCCGAAUAAAUAGGACAAGGACAUUCUUGUAGUCGUUUCGUAGCAGUAGUGACUUGUUGGUUUGUUUGUUUAUAUGUUUUGUUUUAAAGUAUUUUGAUAGCCGGAUUGCUGUUUUUUCUUAUAGUCCAUGUUUUUGUGUUAUUAUAAGAUGUGUGUAUCAUAGAUUGAUUAGCCUUUGUGUUUGAAUUAGCUUCCUGUUGUCGGGUGUUAUUUUUUAUUUUGUAUUCUUGCCAAAUGUUAUUUGUUCUUAAUUGUUCUCUUCCAUGCAAUACACAAAGAAUAUUAGGUUACUCUCUUUCUGAACUUAAGUUUAUCCGGUAAGUUACAGAAAAGUUUACACACCCCGAAGCUUUCCCGAGGGGGAUAAACUUUUCGGAGACAAGUCGGAUAGACUUGAGCUAAGAGAGAAGGUAACGUAAUAUUCUGUUUAUCCUGCAGUCAGUAAAAUUUGUCAAAAACAUUUUUUUUUUGUUUAAGAAAUGCUUUUAAUUACAAAAAUAAUCAAUUCAGAUUUUUACUAAUUUGUAAAGUCCUAUAUCACUCUAUAACAUAAUUCAACAAAAAUAUUACUUACCUAAUAGUUUGCCUGUUAUCAUAGAUGCUAAGCUGGCACUCAUAAACGAAACAAUUAAAAUGGUUGUGACUAGGAUAUAAUAAAGCACAAAACCGCGCUUGAGAUAAAUUCAAAAGCCCUCCGCACUCUCACAAUCGUACUUCCACGUCGUACGAUGUGAAUUCAUUGAAAUUCCUUCCACUAUGAAUGGCUUUGACCCAACAAUUACGAUAAACGACUGGCUAAAAGAUGUUAAAAACACUUCAAAACCUAAUCUCAGUGUCGAGCCGCUUACAUGUUUUAAAGAAAACGUCACCAUACAGUUUCGUAUAAUGUAGGAUUGAAUAGAGCUGAAUAAUUUUGAAUUUUUACCGCGAUUGUUGCAAUAGUAUAGUACAAUUGCUGAAUGAUCGUUACGUCCUCCGAACUCUUGACCCAGUUUACUAACAAGUGUUCAGCUGAAUAACUGAAUAAUCCUCUAGUGACCUUGUAAUACUGAAGUUUACACGGCGCACUGGUGUCAGCCUGAUAAAUGCAUUAUUUAUUGUUUUUUUACUGGUGAUGCACCUUACGAAGCACUUUUGUAUUUAUCUUUUUUGUUAUUUAUAUUAGGCAGAUUUGUUUGUUGUACAAUUAUUCCGUUUUUACAAAUCCAAGUGUUAUAUGUAAUUCUAAUAAAUUUUUUACAGCGCACUAUGCACAUACUAAUGGUUUAAUUUGACCUAUAUAUUUGUUUGGUCACUGUCACCGAAAGGGAAAAUGUCAAUUAAUUAUAAAGUGUACAUCUUUUUCUAGUACGUUAAGAGAUCCAUAAACAUGUUUUAAAUUGUCUCUAUCAAACUUACAACCAAAUUCUUAACAUGUAUAUUUUAAAACUGUUACUAGCAUACAGUUUUGAUACUAAAUACAAUGUAUUUUCACCAAA